AUCGGCUCUGUAGUGUUGACAUUUGAUUGUAGCAUGUUUAACUAAACUUUUCUCGAAUUUAAAUAUCAAACUUUGCAUCAAGACAUGCGUGCUGUGUUUGGACGGAAAUGCUGACGUGGUCGCCGGUGGCUGUUGUACUUUAAGAUUAAUGUGAUCAUGGCGUUUUGGCAGCCUAUUCACAAUCUGAAAGAGUAUGUAGCCCAGAACCCGCCACCAGUGACGUUUUUCCUUUGUCUGUUGACUAUGAGCGUCUCGUUCGUCAGUCUGGGCUCUUACAGCGAGACACACACCCUUCCAAACCCUGAUGUGAUCAAGGAUUGGAACCAUGUCCUCUCUACCUUAUCAACAUUCUAUUUGUGUGUAAAUUCAAACGUCAGCUCAGGCGAGCUUAAACCUACAACCGCCUCUCAUCCAAGUAAAAAAGAAGCGCAAGAAGUGAUGUCUUUUAAUUCCACAAAACCUUCACUGGUGUCUAGUUUGCAUUUAAAAGUCCCUCUGUCUGUGAGGACAGAUUCUGUCAGUGGCUUCAAACCAGAUGAGUUUCUGCACACCACUUUAAAAGCCAGUCAGUUAAAGCUUGGAGGUAAUGAAACUGUCUUUGUGACUCUUUACCGCCUGUCUGAAAAUGACACUUCCUGCUGCCUCACUAUAAGUGCCCCGACACACAUUCUGCCAAUGAGCCUAGCUCCACCUGAGUGCCCUGUGUCGUAUAGCAACUAUUCUCUCAUUCGUGUUGAAGCGAGACAAUCUUUUCCAGCGGCAACAACACGUACCUGCUACAGUCUUACGUCAAGAAAUGAUCCUUCUUUAACUGUCAUGUUGACACAGGCAGAGCAGCAUGUUGCAGUACGGCACCUUUUGGAAGUCAGUGUGUGUCUGCUGGGCCUAUGUUUGAUACUCUGCUUCGCUGCAAGCCUGGCAAAGUCUCUGAUGGGAGGCGGCCAGUGGAAGACAGUGGAUCCCCAUAAUGAACCUCUGAUUGAAAGCUGAUGUUUUUAUUCCCAAGAAAAUCCAUCAAAAGACUGUGACACAAGUUGGUUGAACUUUUACCAAAACCAAUGGUACAACAAGACCAUUUUGUCGUAUAUAAGAAGACAAUCAAACAAAAAACUUCUCAGGAAACAGAAAACUCUUGU